AUGGUGGUCACAUUAAUGUGGUGGCACGAGUCCGGGACGCCGGUGGCUUCUUCCGGGCGCGUGUGGGCCUCGCAGGAGGCGCUGCACAUCCUGGGGGCGCGGCAGGAGGACGCGGGAAGGUGGGAGUGUCGAGUAAACAACGCCUUCGGUGAGCAGCGGGUGCACGCCUCGCUGCAGGUCACCGCACCGCUCGCCGUACACGUCACACCACACCUGCUGGUGGUGAACUCGGGAGAGGCGGCUACGUUCAACUGCACAGUGUCUGGCUCACCAGUGGCCAGCGUGGAGUGGCUGCACAACGGGGAGCCCCUGCCUGCUGGUCGCGCGAGGCUGUUGUCCCCGCUGGUGCUCCAUGUCGCUGCAGCGUCGCGAGCCCACCGCGGCGUCUACCAGUGCGUCGCCAGGGGCAACGGAGACAGCGCCCAGGCCAGCGCAGAACUCAGGCUCGGAGACACGGUGCCGGAGCUGCAGUGGACGUUCGUGGAGCAGGCGCUGAGCCCCGGACCGCCGGUGUCUCUGCGCUGCGCCGCCGCCGGCAGCCCGCCCCCGCAGUUCAUCUGGAGGCUGGACGGACGGCCCCUCAACGCCGCCCGUCUGGGACACAGGUAUACGAUUGGCCAGUAUGUGGAUCAGAGAGGUGACGUCAUCAGCCAUGUAAACAUAUCCUCCGUGCGUGUUCAAGAUGGGGGACUGUACAGCUGCAGUGCUACCAACUCCAUGGGCACUGUGUCCCACGAGGCCAGACUCAACGUUUAUGGUCCUCCUUACGUUCGGCCUUCCGCGGGCCCGGUGCGGGCCGUGGAGUCUGGGCAGGUGACGCUACGUUGCCCGUACGCCGGCUACCCAAUCAGCGGCGUCUCCUGGGAGCGACGUGGCAGCCCUCUAGCGGCUGACCUGCGACACGAGCUGCGCGACGGUGGCGCCUCGCUGAGGCUGUUGCGCGUAGAUGCCGCUGCUGACGCCGGCGCCUACGUCUGCAAAGUGAGGGGCGCCAGCGGAGACGUUGCACGCGGGGAAGUCCUGCUCUCCGUCACCAGCCCGCCUGUGGUGACGCCGUUCUUCUUCCCGACCAACCUCCGAGAGGGCGGCAGGACCCAGAUCAGCUGCACCGUGUCCUCUGGCGACCUACCCAUCCGUUUCUCCUGGCUCAAGGACAACGCUCCCAUUCCAAAGGCUCUCCAGGUGACUGAGAAACACGCGGGCGAGUUCUACAGCUUCCUGGCGUUCAGCAAGCUGUCGGCCGACCACACGGGCACCUACACCUGCGUCGCCUCCAACAACGCAGCCAGCGCCAACCACUCGGCGCAGCUGCAGGUCAACGUGUCGCCGCGGUGGCUGAUACAGCCCAAGGACACGUCUGCCUUGGCUGGUAGCCCAGUGACUGUCCAUUGCCAAGUGCAGGGUUUCCCUCAACCUAUAGUCUCCUGGCUCCGCGGACAAGAUGGGAAAGCGUCAGACUUUCAGCCUCUGGGCUACAUGGAGUCACAUAUGGUGGUACUCGCCAACGGAACGCUGUCCAUAAACCCUGCCACGUCAUCGGAUGAAGGCUUCUACCUGUGCCGCGCCGACAACGGUAUUGGUGCCGGCCUCAGCAAGAUUGUCCAGCUAAACGUCAAUGAGCCAGCAAGAUUUGAUGUGAUGGAAAAAAACGUUACAGCUCUCCAUGGAGACAAGGUUGUUCUUAAAUGUGAUGUCAGAGGAGAUCAUCCAAUAAAUGUGGAUUGGCUGUUCAAUGGGCAGAAUCUUCAUCACAGCUAUAGAAUGAGUGUAUCUGAAAUGAAGACAGACAAAGGUCUGCAGUCACAGCUGGUAAUCACUCAGACUGAUCGACUGGAUUCUGGCCUUUAUAUGUGCCAUGCAAGCAAUUCAUUUGGGCACAGUGAGCAACUCAUCCACCUGGCUAUUCAAGAGCCACCUGAUCCACCUAUUGAUGUGAAAGUGAUUGAGGUGAACAGCAGAUCAAUUCAUUUGGCAUGGCGUCCCCCAUUUGAUGGACACAGCUCCCUGACUGGCUACCUGAUCCAGUACAAGCAGGCUACAAAUCCCAUAAGUGAUUGGCAACAUACAGCAACUGUCAAUGUCUCGGUUCCAGUUGUGGGAGCUGACAUAACAAGUAAGAAGGUAAAUGCUGUGAAGGUUGCGGUCAUCAGUGACUUACACCCUGCAACCACUUACAAUAUACGAAUGCUGGCAUUAAAUGACAUUCAAGCCAGUGACUUCACGGAACCAUUGACAGUGAAGACACAGGAAGAAGCUCCAGUUGGGCCUCCACUGGAUGUGCAGGCAGCAACCACUGAUUUGGAUGAAGUGCUUGUUACAUGGAAGCCUCCUAUACCAGAUUCUUGGAAUGGAGACAUCUUGGGCUACAUUGUCCACUGGAACAUUCAUGGUUCUCCUGUACUUGUGAAUAACACUACAAACAAACAUAUUGUCAGAGGUUCAGCAAGUACAGAGUUACGCCUGAAACGUUUGAAGAAGUUCACCCGAUAUAACAUAUAUGUGCAGGCUUUCAAUGCUGUAGGAUCAGGACCUAAAUCUGCACCUGUUGCUGUCACAACUCCUGAAGGAGUUCCUGAGGCUCCACCUCUGAAUGUGACAUGUUCUGCAUUGUCGUCACAAAGUAUGAAAGUGAGCUGGGGUCCACCACCUGCUGGAUUCCAUGGGGGUAUUAUUCGUGGCUAUAAAGUUGUCUAUAAGCCUGUCAUUUCAGACUCAAAUGUACAUUUGUCCAGGAGUGAAGUGAAAAGAACACCUAGCCUAGAAACUUACCUUCAUGGUCUGCUGAAAUACACCAAUUAUUCUGUUAGAUUAUCAGCUUACACAGAUGUUGGCGAAGGAACCUCAAGCAACUCCAUUUUUUGCAAUACUGAACAAGAUGUUCCUGGACCACCAGCUGGUAUCAAAGCAUUGUCUCUGACAUCCGAUUCUGUACUGGUUUCAUGGUUGCCACCAAAGUACCCAAAUGGUAUUAUUACGCAGUACACAGUAUACUGCAAGAAGAAACAUCAUCCACCAAGGUCACAGCCAGUAAUCUUCCAAGUGAGUUUAUCAGUGACAAUGCAUGAAGUUCGUGGACUGAAGGAGUUGGAGCAGUAUGAUUUUUGGGUGACAGCUUCAACAGUUGCUGGUGAGGGCGACAGUACCAGAUUGGUUUCUCAGGCACCUAAUUCAAGAGCACCAGCUCGUAUUGCAUCCUUUUCACAAAUUUUGCAUCGUGCGUUGAAGUCAAGUGUGACUGUACCUUGCAUUGCUGUUGGAAAUCCAACACCAAAUGUUCAGUGGCUUCGUGGGAAGCAAAUACUCCAUUCAGAGGCAAAGUAUAGUAUAUCACAAGGAUCGCUUCACAUUUCAAAGCUGGAGAAGGAAAAUGAAGGUAACUUCUCAUGCACAGCAAAAAAUUUAUUUGGUGAAGACCAUGUAAGAUAUCAGAUAAUAGUACUAAUGCCUCCUCAACCACCUCACCUUGAAUUUGUUGCUUCUGAUCAUCAUAAUAUCAAACUACAGUGGUCUUAUCCUAAGGAUGGAGGCACACCUGUCUUAGGGUAUCUGCUGAAAUACAAACGAGAUCAUGGUAGCUGGCAGGAAGUACACAUGGAAACUGAAAAGAAUUCUUAUACGUUACAAAAUCUGGAUUGUGGUGCUACAUAUUACAUGUUACUGAAAGCACACAAUAUAGUUGGAGAAAGUUCUUCCAGUUCUGUUGUAAAUGCCAGCACCAAAGGAAAGGAACCAGAGGUACCAAGCACCAACAUUCUUCUGUCAGCAAAUGCAACCUCCCUCUACUUGAAUCUUCCAUCCUGGCCUGAUGGAGGAUGUUCUAUGUUGUACUUUGUCAUUGAAUAUCGUGUCCUAGGAACAGAAAAUGAGUGGAUCUUGGUUGACAACAAUUCACCACCAAAGACUUUCCUUGUUGGAGGCCUUCAACCUGCAACAUGGUACCAGUUUAGAAUUACAGCUCAUAACAGUGCUGGUUCAACAAGAGUGCAUUUCAAUGUUGCAACAACAACAGUUACAGGUGCAACUGUUGCUCCAAUGCAAGAAAGUCAGGUUCUUGCAAAUGUUGUUCAUUUUUAUGAAGAUCCGUAUGUAAUGGUACCAACAGUAUGUGGCACAGUUUUGCUUCUGUCAAGUGGACUGCUUGCAUAUGUUGCUAUACAAAAGAAGCACUGCCAAGAGGAUGGAGAGUACAAAGAAGAUCAGUGCAUACCUGAAAGUCCAAAUACUUGCAAAGCAGCUGCUGAAAUGGAGAACAAGAAAAAUUUCCAGCAGAUAUAUUUGUCAUCACCUUCCAAAGCAAAUGAACACCACAGCUCUAAACAAAUAGAUACAGUUUCUGAGCUGUAUGAGAUGAGCCCCUAUGCCACAUUUGCUGUGUCAUCAGACCACCACAGAAAAAAGUUAAUGGAUGCUUCAGGAGUGGAUCACACUUUACAGUUUAAAACAUUUGGACAUUCAGAAAAUGAGAGUUGCACUCAACAUGAACUUACUCAUCAAGUAAAUAUGGUUCAUUGGUAUGCUGCAUCAGAUGGAGAUAGAGGACAGCCAUCAUCCAGCCUACAUAGGAAAGGUAACAUGAAACAUCGUCACAACAAAUCCGACACAUGUCAGCACUCAGAUACCGAAACAAGUGGUAGCCCAUCUGCAAUAAGCAGUUAUAAAGUGCCUAUCAAGCACCCAACGGCAAGGAGUUUAGAACUAUACCAUCUUGAUUCAAGUACGGAGUCAAAUGAGACUUCUCCCCUUCCACAAAGAAGAAGGACUCAGCCUGUGCAUAGUGGCAAGAGAGGAAUGCAGCCACAUGCCAGGUAGUCAAGUGUAGAGUCAUAUUCUGCUGAGGAUGACGGCAGCUCCUCUGUGUACCAUCUGCAGCCUCCCUCCAGAUUCUCUGACAGUCGAGAGUUGAGCGAGGCUGAGUGUGAUCUUGACAUCAGCCAACUUGACAGGCUGCUUGCUAGAUUUCUUCAGCAGAAAGAACAGGAGCGGAUGCAACAUACAAUUCAUGUUUGAUCCUGAAAGGUGAAAGAAACUGACAAGACAUUCACAUUUUUCUGCAAUGUGUGUUUGAUAUAAAU